AUGGUGCCGAGAGAAAUAUUGGAAGAUAUACCUACACCUCCUCAGGUGAAGGGAUGGAGAAUCUUCACAAUUGCUUUCUUAGCUUGUAUGGGAGCUUGUAUGUUUGGGUACAAUCUGGGAGUCAUUGGAGGAUGUAUCACGCUUCCAAAUUUCCAUGAGGAAUUCCACCUCCCUCCUAAUGGAACAGAGGAGUACAACUUUAUUGUAGCAAAUAUCGUUUCUUGCUUUCAGGGAGGAACGUUCUUUGGUGCCCUGAUGGGCUAUCCAUUAACUGAACGCUUUGGCCGGAUACCGACCUUACGAGUUGCAUCAUUGAUAUUCAUUGUUGGCUCAGCCAUGCAGGCUUGGGCAAAUGGGUCAUUGGAAUUAAUGUAUAGUGGUCGAUUCAUUGCCGGCCUAGGAAUUGGUGGAACCUCCUUACUUAUCCCUCUCUACCUCUCUGAGAUAUCACCACCCUCAAUUCGUGGGUUUUUAGUCGGCAUGCACGAGAUUCUUAACCAGAUUUCAUCCUGCGGUGGCUUCUGGGUCAAUUAUGGAACUCUUCCACUAUCGGGAUCUAAUCAAUGGAGGAUACCGCUCGCUAUUCAAGUCGUGCCUGGAGGCCUACUGUUUAUAGCAUGCUUUAUCAUUCCUGAGUCACCGAGAUUUCUCAUUAGGAAGGAGCGUUUUGAGGAGGCAGGGAGAGUUUUGUGUAGAAUUAGAAAUUUACCAUUGGAGCAUGAGUAUUUAAGGAAGGAAUUUUUAACAAUCAAGAACCAGGCAGCAAUGGAGAAGAUCGAGGGGACGGAAGCCAAUUCUAACGGGAAAGGACUUUCAAAAAUAUUUGGGCCAGGGGAUUUGAAAAGAUUGGGGGUUGGUGUUUUAAUGAUGGUUGCACAACAAUGCACCGGUGUUAACGCAAUGAACUACUAUUCACCGUCUAUCUUCAAAAGUAUCGGAUUUGGUGGUACAAAUGUCACAUUGUUUGCAACCGGCAUAUACGCGAUUGUCAAAUCGAUUGCGACACUUUUAUCAUUAAUGUUCUUUAUUGAUCGUACCGGCCGACGCAAGCUCUUGUUUAUAGGUGCCGGCGGUGCAUCUUUAUCUAUGUGGUAUAUUGGGGCCUAUAUCAUCGCAGCCAAAGUAGAUCCAGAUCAUCCACAAAACAGAAAUGCAGCGGCGUGGGUCGGAAUUGUGAUGGUCUAUAUUUAUGCUAUGUUUUUCUCAAUUGCGUGGAACGCGAUUCCUUGGAUUUAUUGCUCCGAGAUUUUCCCGGGCCGUAUUCGUGCCCUCUGUGUUUCGAUUACUACUGCAACUCAAUGGCUAGGUCAAUUCGUCAUUGCUCGCGCAACUCCCUAUAUGAUAUCAAACAUAGGUGGCGGAACAUAUAUGUUCUUUGCCGCAUGUAUGGUGGUCAUUAUUGGGUGGGUGUACUUUUUUGUUCCAGAAACGAAAGGAAGGACACUAGAGAGUAUGGAUGAAUUAUUUGGAGUAGAUAGAACCGCUGCUGCUAUGAGAGCUCAGGCAAAGGUGGAUGAAAUGAACGAGAAGAAGGAGGCAGAGGUUGAGAAGAAGAUGGAGAUGGAGGUUGUUUGA